CACUUUCCAUAUUUCAACGCCUCGAACUUGUAUAUAAAUUAACAUAUGCGAUACCCAUCAUACCACACGAUAUACAGUUAUACACCCUCAAUUCCAUCUGAAAUCAACAUAACAUAGAGAAAGAGAGAUGUAUGAUGACAGUGAGAGAAAGUGUCACCCUCUGUUACAAGGUGAGAGAGAUGAAGAGUACAAAAACGGAAGUUUUUCUUCAGCAGAAAUGGCGACUCUAAGCAGCAUAUGUGACGUCAUCGUGCAACCACUCCCUUUGAAUUCUCUUGAUGAUCAUGGCAACAAAGUGGAAGAAAGCAUCCGUUCAUUCUCCACUGCUUCUGGUUCUCAAUACCCAAUACCUAAUAAGGUAGUUCAUCUUCUAAAGACGAGGGCGUUUCUUGAAGCAGUGAUGGUGGUGAAAUUGGUCUUAACACUUCUUUCCACAAGACUGGGUACCCUUUUACUUUCUGGAACUCUUUGUCUUUCUCAUAAAUGGCCAUACGUACACAACUUCUCAGAAAUUCCGCUAGAUAAGAGGGAGAAGAUUGUUCAGAAAUGGUUUGAGCAUAGGUUUCUAACGCCUAUCAGACUCGGAUUUGUGUUCAUCAAGACACUCUGCCUUUUGGUCUUCUUCACUCAGGUUGAUAAGAAAGCAAAUAAUCCUGCAUGGGAAGCCAUCGGCUACCACGUAGACAUUAACGAAGAACACCCCAAAAAGGAGCAAAACAAGCGCCCUUUGCAGAAAGGAAUGGUGGAGAUCAUGAAAGAAACCGAUCAAACCCUUGUGCAUUCUCUCCUUCAAAAAGGCCUGGAUGUUACCGAAGAACUUAAAGAGAACAUUUGCAGAAUAAAAUGCGAUGUUGUAAUUAUUGGCUCUGGUUGUGGUGGUGGCGUUGCAGCUGCUAUACUUGCAAAAUCCGGGAAGAAAGUUGUGGUUCUUGAAAAAGGAAACUACUUUACUCAGACAGAUUAUUCAAAACUGGAAGGACCUUCUUUGGAUCAACUCUAUGAAUCCGGAGGAAUACUUCCCACACUCGAUGGGAAAGUAAUGAUCCAAGCUGGAUCAACAGUUGGAGGUGGUUCAGCAGUGAAUUGGUCAGCUUGCAUUAAGACACCACAAUCCUUGCGAAAAGAAUGGGCUGAAGAAUACCACAUUAAGUUAUACGAGAGCCAUGAGUAUACUUCUGCAAUGAACAAAGUGUGUGAAAGAAUCGGUGUUACUGAAAAAUGCACAAAAGAAGGGUUCCAGAAUCAAGUUCUUCGUAAAGGGUGUCAGAAUCUUGGCCUAAAAGUCGAUUCUGUCCCACAGAACGCAUCAGAGAAUCAUCACUGUGGGACUUGUUGUUAUGGCUGCAGAUCAGGAGACAAAAAGGGAACUGACUCGACUUGGUUGGUUGACGCAGUAGAUCAUGGAGCUGUGAUCAUAACCGGAUGUAAAGCCAAGAAAUUUAUGGUAACAAGAAACCAAAACGGGAAGAAAAGAAGAAAGAAAUGUUUAGGAGUAAUUGCUCAAGUUUUAAACGAUAAAAUCUUGAAAAGAUUGCACAUCGAGGCAAAGGUGACAAUUUCUGCAUGUGGGUCUCUUUUAACGCCGCCUCUAAUGAUAUCAAGUGGUCUGAAAAACCCUAAUAUUGGCCGGAAUCUUCACCUCCAUCCUGUUGCAAUGGCAUGGGGAUACUUUCCAGAAGGUGAAACUGAUGAUCUCACUGGGAAAAGCUACGAAGGGGGGAUAUUGACAUCUGUUCAUAAACCAGGGUCCGAUGAGACAUACAUCUUGGAAGUCCCAGCUUUAGGGCCCGGAUGUUUCGCUGGUUUAACUCCUUGGGUUUCAGGGCAAGACUUAAAGGAAAGGAUGCUGAAAUACUCUCGAACAGCUCAUGUGUUUUCAUUGGUGAAAGACCGUGGAUCUGGUGAAGUGACGUCAGCAGGAAGGAUAAGUUAUAAAUUUAGCAAAUUCGACAAUGAAAACAUCAAGAAAGGGUUGAGACAAGCGUUAAGGGUGUUGAUUGCAGCUGGGGCUGUUGCAGUGGGUACCCAAAGAAGCGAUGGACAGAGAUUGAAAUGCAAAGGGACAAGUAAAGAGGAGAUCGAGGAGUUCUUGGAGACAGUAGAUGCUGUACCUGGUCCGAUGUCAAUGGUGAAAGAUUGGAAUAUUUAUUGUUCGGCUCAUCAAAUGGGGAGUUGCAGAAUGGGGAAAAGUGAGAAGGAAGGUGCAGUGGAUGAGAAUGGGGAGAGCUGGGAAGCGGAGGGACUUUAUGUUUGUGAUGCGAGUAUUUUACCGAGUGCUGUUGGUGUGAAUCCCAUGAUCACAAUCCAAUCAACUGCUUAUUGCCUUGCGGAAAGAAUUGCAGAUAUCUUUAGAUAAAUGGAUGUAUGAAGUCGAUUAAUGGAAGUGAUUAAAAAAAAUGGUUAUUUACCACAUUGUAUAAUGGUCAUUAGCAUUUUAGCUAAUGUAUUCAUAUAAUGUUUUAGGAUUACCUAGGGUAAAAUGACCAUUAUACAG